UUAAAAUAGAGAGAGAGAAGUCAAUGGUCCGGCCUUGCUUUAUCUUCUUCCUCUCGUCGCAAGCAGAUGUAAAGUGGCUGGCACGGCACGACCAACCCAUUAAAGAGUCCGCACAACCUUCAUCAUCUCCAUCCCCUUCUUCAUCUCUAACAGAAGUGUGCUCGUAACUUGAAGGCAAGAUGGCAAUGGGCAUGAAGGAGAUGUCUAUCAUAAUAGCAACAUUAGGUUUGGUAUCCUUUAUUUUUGGAGUUGUCGCCGAAAACAAAAAGCCUGCAUAUGGUACUGCAAUCCCGGGGAAAGGCAUAGUCAUUUGCAAGUAUCCGUCCGAUCCAACUCCCGUUCUCGGAUAUUUGUCUGUCGCCUUUCUGUUGGCCUCCACUGCAGUUGGAUACUUUUCGCUAUUCUAUCCAUACAAGGGGAAGUCUAUUCCACAGUCUGCGUUCUUCAAAAACACCAGUUUCCUCGUGUUCUUCAAUAUUGCUAUAGGGACGACUGGAUUAGCUGCAGCGUUUCUGUUAUGGCCAACAAUCACCGAGCAACUUCACAUUACGAACAACGUUCAUCAAGACUUGCAAACAGGCGGGUGCCCCACGGCUAAGACGGGCCUUCUUGGUGGUGGUGCGUUUUUGUCUCUCGACUCGUCCCUCUUCUGGUUGGUCUUGAUGAUGCUAGCGCACAAUGCUCGGGAAGACUACCUGGAGGACGAGGGCAUCAAAGGUGGGGAAGGGUACGCGGUUUCUGCCGAUUAUGAGGCAGAUGUGCCAAUUUCAUCAAAGGCUUCUCACUGAACUUUGCUAUUAAUCUGUAAAUAUUAUUGCUAUUAAUAGAAAGGCAAUAUGUAUUAUGAACUUAUUGUUCUUUGAUGUUGUGCUGCAUUGUACCAUACUAUUGCAAAUAAGAAUGUUG